AUAACCAUAAGCUAAGCCACCAACUCUGGAAAGAAAUAAUGACUGUUACAUUAUUAUAAUCCUGCUUAACCGUGAAAAUGGAUGUUUUCCUAAGCAAAGUCUUUCUUUCAUUGGAAACAUUUUUACAGAAGACAACAACAUUGAACAUAUUUGAAGCAUUAAUAUUUAACUAUAAGAUAAAAAUAAAUUCAGUAGAACAAUGUUCGCCACAGUUUGUUGGUUUUGUCGUUGAUUUAUGCAACGAGUUACAGUUGAGUCUACGGGAUUGUGUUGUCGAAGUGACUGACAAGCAAGAUGUCAUAAAUCCUUCGGACACAACCUUCUGUGAGUUGCCCGAUAAUACCGAUAUAGCACCCGCUGAGUUUGUCACCUUCGCUACCACAACUACUACUGACCUAGAGCCAAACACAGAAGAAGGCUUUGUCCCAAAAGAGAUUGAAGCUGUAGUGGAAGAACCGCUACCCAUCGUCGUAGACGUUGAAAAACAAAAGGUCCACACUUGUGAAUUUUGCAACAGGAAGUACAGGACCAAUGAGAAACUGUUGAGACACGUAUGCAAGUCUGCGCCUGUGCUUGAUUGUCAGGACGACGAGUUGGAAGACGAUCCAGAACCUUCAGACCUACCACAGAUAUCACAUAGACCUGAGUCGAGCACGGAUUUGUUCGUUUGCGCCGUUUGUUUUGCCAGUUUCUCUCAACAAGAUCUGUUCGACCAACACACACACACAGACGAAUCUCUGGGAGUGGAGUUGCUGACGGACGUGUCAAGGCUACAGGCACAGCGCAAGUUCACGUGUGGCGUGUGUAGUGAGGUUUACCGCAGCUUGGCGCGCAUCUCAUACCAUGUCGCUCAUUGUAGUCAAGGCCCCUACCAUUGCGAGCUGUGCCCAUACAUGGCACAUACCAAGCAGCUGCUUAACCGGCACAAGAAGAAACAACACAAGGGUGUGGAGAGUUUCUUCUGCACAGAGUGCGGACUAGGCUUCAAGUUGCGCACUUCACUACAGAAACAUCUGGUAAACAGACACGAGAGUGUACAAGAUCACUUCCCCUGCGACGCAGACGGCUGCGGACUCGUGUUCAGUAAGAAGGUGCAACUGACCAAUCAUAGGAUAGAAGUGCACGGCGCACAGCGCAAGUUCUUAUGCCAGGUUUGUGGUAACAAAUUCAUGACCCAAGACAGUCUUUCAAGCCACCUCGAGUGCCACUCAAACAAGAGAAGAUUCGAGUGCCAAUAUUGCGCGAAACUUUUUAACACCAAGGAAAAACUCACACUCCACGUCCGCACUCAUACAGGUGAAAAGCCUUACGUCUGCGACAGAAGCGCUUGUAGCAAAUCUUUCAUUUCCAAGUCCAAACUUGUGGAGCACAUACAGCGGCACAACGGGGAGAAAAGGCACAAAUGCUCAGUUUGUGGCAAACAAUACGCUAACAAGCCGGACCUACGAGCACACAUGCGCAAGCUGCAUGGGGAACACAAGCAGACGACGGACGUGUACACUCAACAGCUGGUACCUUCACUACAGCUGUUUCCUGUUAGUGUGCCACAGAAUAUGGUCAUUACUAGUUUUGAGACAGUGGUUACGAUAUAGUCCUUGCUCUGGUAUGUUGUACUGGAAAUAUACUUGUGAUGAGCAAGGAGGAGUAUGAGCAGCGAGCAUUGUGCAGAAAUUCCUUUUACACAGGGCACAGGGUCUUCCUCCAUCUUGAGCGUUGUUGUACGUGAGGGGGUAUUGGACUGUGCCCUAGACACCAGCGACUAGUGCUAGACACCUCUUAAGUGUGCUAUUGAAUGUUUCUUUCUGUACUUUACUUCUCUGUAGAUAAAACGAUACUCAACUGCAAUUCUGCGUUUUCCAAAUGCUUGGGGUCGCAAAGGGAUGCAGGUAUGAGGGUUGACGGACUGUUAAUGUGAAAAAUAAUUUGAAAGUACAGUCAAGUGCAAAAGUCUGAAGUCUAGCUUAUAUCUAUGAGUAGGCCUACUGACAGGUGCGGCAAAAAAGUCUCAAUGUAUACACUAUGGUGUAUAGUCUUAUCACAAUGAAAUAUAACACAAUUUAACAGUACUAGGUCGUUCUUAGGGAGGGUCAUAUAGCACAGAAGGUUGUAUAAUCGAGACUAUGGACGUCAUGGUCUAUAUUUUAAGACUGCUAUAGUGCAACUUUGUGUGUACCUUAUUAGUAUUUCAAAUUUUUCAUGUUUUACAGUUUUCAUACUCAAUGUUAUUAAAUUUUUAAAUAUUUAUGAAUAAGUUGUGCAAAAAAGAAUCUUAUAUAAUAAAAAAAUUUGGGUUUUCUUUUCCGAGUUCAUUUGGCUCUUCUACUCGACCAAUUUUCAUGAUUAAUGUCUCAAA